AUGGGGAAGAUCUUUAUUUGUGUGUAUUUAUUUGUGUGUCCCAGGGCCCCUUCAAUGAUGGCGGCCCUGGGGUUCGUGGCGCAGCAGUACAGCCAGUGCCCCGCCUUCGAGUCGGUGCCUGCGGGCGUGGGCGCGGUGACGACGGCGCCGGGCACGUACGGCUUCGUGGCGCUGUUUCUGUUCGCUGGCGCCAUGGAGCUCGCGGUGUGGACGCAGGACCCGAAGAAGGAGGUGGGCAACUUCGGCGACCCCCUGGGCCUGUCCAACAUCUUCGGCUACGACGAGGACAUGCGCCACAAGGAACUCAAUAACGGUCGCUUCGCGAUGUUCGCGGCCAUCGGCAUCCUGUCCGCGGAGCUGUUGACCGGCAAGGUGGGCCUGAGCCAGUUCUGA